AUGAUUCAAAGCUCACCGCCCUUUGACUCCGCUUACAACCACACUUUAAAUAUUCGCGCCCUUACGUACGGUGCGGAGAAUGAGACUGGAUUCAAUCGUGCGAGGGAACUUCCACAAUUGGGAGAUCGGAGACCUACGCACUGUAUGGAUGGCACAGCUUCUGCUCCUGGAUCAUCUCCGACAAAGUUUCUUGUGCUUCCAAAGAUCCGUAGUUUUUUCCUCGGCAAACCAACAGUUAUUAGACUCUGGAUACCCCUUGACAAAAGUCCUAACGAUUCAAAAGUCAUGAUCGUCCUCUUGCUACACAAGUUGGGGAACCAACAAACGAAGAUGAGCCUUGAUUGGGGCGAAGGGACCAGAAGGCGCCAGCGCAUUGAUCUACUCGGUGCUUUGCUCAAAAAGUCAGUCGGUAAAGUCGUCCUUGCUGCGGAAGCACGUAGUCUAAAAUGA